GUUCGCGCAUGGUUAGUUUAAUCAAUCAGUAGCAGAGUACUCGUUAGUAUUUUACUGCUCACAAUUAUUACAGUUUUCUGAGAAAGAAUUUUUUAUUUAUUUUUUCCUUUUUGGCCAGCCCAUUGCAUCUCUUCUUUACCUCGUUCGCGCGUGCGGUGAACAGCGGGAAAAUAAUAACCACUUAUCUGUCUUAAAUCUUUUGACCGUGAUCUGGUGACCUUUAGAGGUCGUUCUGUAGCUUCAAACGGUUUUAAAAUAGAGUGCAAUAGGACGCGGUCGGUUGCUCAAUUGACAGCUUACGAAUAACAAAUACUUGAUUGUUAACUGACUGUAGUAUUUGUCAUCAAUUAUCGAAGCCCUAUUAGACAUGAUCAAUUAGAAUAUAAAUUACUCGUCCACAGCCUUUGACGCGAGUUCGUUCAAACUCAAGUUCUAUUUGUGUUUUAUUUAGUUCAUAGUAUUAAACAAUGGAGGAAGAUCAGAAAAGAUUCAUUGAAAGAGGUUCUCAUAAGGGAAAAGGCCUUGCUGUAUUCACUAGUGGCGGAGAUUCUCAAGGUAUGAAUGCUGCUGUCCGUGCUGUUGUUCGUAUGGCUAUUUACCUUGGAUGCAAGGUAUUUUUCAUUAAAGAGGGUUAUCAAGGUAUGGUAGAUGGUGGGGAUAACAUUGAAGAAGCUAAUUGGUCUUCUGUAUCUUCUAUAAUACAUAAGGGUGGUACUGUGAUUGGUUCUGCACGGUGUAUGGAUUUCAAAGAGCGUACUGGUCGGUUAAGUGCAGCUUGCAAUCUUGUAAAACGUGGUAUUACAAAUUUGGUAGUAAUUGGUGGUGAUGGCUCUCUUACUGGAGCUAACCUAUUUCGACAAGAAUGGUCUAGUCUUCUAGACGAACUAUUGACAACAUCAAGAAUUAAUAAAACAGAAAGGGAAAAAUAUGCACAUUUAAAUAUUGUUGGAAUGGUUGGUUCCAUUGAUAAUGACUUUUGUGGCACUGACAUGACAAUUGGUACUGAUUCUGCUUUACAUCGCAUCAUGGAUGCUAUCGAUGCUAUUGUAUCAACAGCCUAUUCACAUCAAAGAACAUUUAUUAUGGAAGUAAUGGGACGUCAUUGCGGGUAUUUAGCUUUGGUUACGGCAUUGGCAUCAGAAGCCGAUUUUGUGUUCAUUCCAGAAUGGCCACCACAACAAGACUGGGCGACGAAAAUGUGUAAAAAAUUGCUACAGGAAAGAACUGCUGGCCAGCGAUUGAACAUUAUAAUUGUAUCUGAAGGUGCUAUUGACCGAAAUGGCCAGCCUAUUACGGCCGAGAUGGUAAAACAAGUGGUAGUUGACAAUUUAAAACAAGAUACUCGGAUCACAGUUUUGGGUCAUGUCCAGAGGGGAGGUGCUCCAUCAGCUUUUGAUAGAGUUCUGGGGUGCAGAAUGGGUGCUGAAGCUGUAAUGGCUUUAAUGGAAGCCACUCCAGAAACAGAAGCUUGCGUUGUUUCUUUGGAUGGUAAUCAAGCUGUCCGUUUGCCAUUGAUGGAAUGUGUUGAAAAAACCAAAGCCGUAGCCAAAGCAAUGGCUGAUAAACAGUGGGAAUUAGCUGUACAACUUAGAGGAAGGAGUUUUGCAAGAAAUUUGGAGACAUAUAAAAUGUUGACUCGUUUGAAGCCUCCCCGUUCAGCAUUUGAUGAAAUGGGCCGUGGAUUGAGUCUAAAUCGACAAGACACAUUGUGGGGUCAGGAAGGUUACACUCUUGCAGUUAUGCAUAUCGGAGCUCCAGCAUGUGGUAUGAAUUCUGCUGUACGUUCAUUUGUAAGAAAUUGUAUUUAUAGAGGUGAUACAGUUUACGGCAUUCAUGAUGGAGUAGAAGGUUUAGUUGCUGGAAACAUUCAAGUAAUGCAAUGGUCUGAUGUUACUGGUUGGGUUGGCCAAGGUGGUGCUAUGUUGGGUACUAAGCGUACUCUUCCCGAAAAACGAAUGCCUGAAAUUGCUGCUAGACUUAAAGAGUUCAAUAUACAAGCACUUUUGAUUAUUGGAGGCUUUGAGGCUUAUCAAGCUGGAGUCCAGUUAGUUCAGAACCGUAAACAGUUCCCGGAAUUUUGUAUACCAAUGGUUAUAAUCCCAUCAACAAUUAGUAAUAACGUUCCUGGUACGGAAUUUUCAUUAGGUUGUGAUACUGCUCUUAAUGAAAUCACUGAGAUUUGUGAUAGAAUUCGACAAUCUGCUCAAGGUACUAAACGACGUGUAUUUGUUAUUGAAACUAUGGGUGGAUAUUGUGGAUAUUUGGCUACUGUUGCUGGUUUGGCUGGUGGUGCUGAUGCAGCGUAUAUUUAUGAAGAAAAAUUUACCAUUAAAGAUUUGCAAAAUGAUGUGUAUCAUAUGGCUUCAAAGAUGGCAGAAGGUGUUCAACGUGGAUUGAUAUUAAGGAAUGAAAAAUGUAGUGAGAACUAUAACACAGACUUUAUAUUUAGACUUUACACAGAAGAAGGAAAAGGACUGUUCAGUACUCGUAUGAAUGUUUUAGGUCAUAUGCAACAAGGUGGCUCACCUACACCAUUUGAUCGUAAUAUGGGUACCAAACAAGCAGCAAAAUGUGUUGAAUGGUUAGUAGAAAAAUUGAGAGAAUCUACAAGACCAGAUGGAACAAUUUAUACAGAUAAUCCAGAUACAGCUGCAAUGAUGGGUGUAAUAAGAAGGCAGUAUCGUUUUACACCCCUAACUGAUUUGGUGCCAAUUACUAAUUUUGAGCAACGUAUUGCUAAGACUCAGUGGUGGUUGAAAUUAAGGCCACUUUUACGUAUACUCGCUAAACAUGAUAGUGCUUAUGAAGAGGAAGGCAUGUACAUAACUGUUGAAGAAGGACUUGAGGCGGACACACUGUUAGUUUAAACAAACACUGUAUUGAUUAUAUUUUUACUACUACUCUAUUAUUAUUAUCCAUAGAGUGCAAAUAUAACAUUAAUGAAUAAAAACAACUAAUAUAAUAAAAUUAAAUAAAAAAAAAAAUUCACCUAUUAUUUAUACAUUAGUUAACACUCUAGUCAUCAAGUGUAAAGUAGAUAAUACUAUUGAAACUAUUAUAAUAAAGUUUGUUAACUAUG